GCCAGGGCGUCGCCAACGCCGCAUUCCGAUCACCUGGAGCUCUAUAGGGCACUACAGGUUGCGACACACAUGACGACAGCUUCGAAAAAGCUCUUUUGCUAGUCGUUGACACAUCGGACAGUUCUCGAGUGAAGAUUUUUCGGUGGUUUUUCGUGUUUAGUUCGUAUUUGGCGCCGGUUUUAGCCAUGGGGGUCGAAAUGGAAAGGGAUUCCGUGAAAGAUGCGUCUGAAGUCUAUCGACGGUCCUCUGGCUGUACAUAACGGCAACAACGGCAUUCUAAACUCUCCGAAGAGGAUCAACACUCUACAGAACAGUAACAUAACGACGACAAACUAUAGCAAUACAACUACGAACUACACCACAUCAACUAAUACCACUAAUAACAGCAUCAAUGGUAUCGACAAUGUGAUUACAGAAUUCCAGAAUACCGAGGACCUCAAUAUACUCAACAACGUUGUCCAAGAUAAGGUGCAAUGGUGCCAGGCCUCCCUGCAAGAGGCGCACCACAACGCGAAGAACAACACCCACCGGAGACUGCACUUGGUGAACGUCAACAUCAACAACACAAACACCAACACGCUGGCUGCCACCCUGAGAAACCGACAACGGCAAGGGGUGCCCCCUACACCACCUACCCACCUGAAAAACACACCUGCCAAGUCAGCGUCCAACAACUCGAUCUGCUCACAGCGGUCCUCGCCAGAUGAUACUUCGUUUAUAGAAUACGAAGACGCCCAACAAAGUUGCUCCUCGGCCGACGUGUCUCCUCAAGAUGAAGACCGAUGUUUCGACAUCUCCGACUCUGAAUCUUCAGAGGAUGGCAACUUAAGCAACCGCGGCACCGUCCAAAGACGGGGUAUCGUCAAUCCGAACUAUCCCGGCUUUCAGCAUCUGGCUCAUACGCUCACCUCUGACGCAGAAUACACCGAUGACGAUCUGGACUGCGUUUCUCCUGUCCAUGGGGAGAUAAUUCGCGACUCCCUGACUGCAAAGCUCGAGGCUGAAGCGAACAACAACAACAACGUGGAAGAAAGUGACACGGACUACAAGAUUGACAGUGUGAAUCGUUUGGAUAGUGUCGAAAACAUCCAAAAAGUGUUCUAUGAUAAACCGGUUUAUAACAUUGAAGAUGACAGUGAGUUUAAUCAAAACAGUGAAUGUAGUAGUGCUAAUUCUAACAAUAGUGGUGAUGAAGAUGCUGAAGUUAAAGUGAAUUUGAAUAUACGACUCGAUGAAAGGGCCAUUCCAAUAGAAGAUAUUGUUGGUGACUUCAGACAAGAGGUAGAAGAAGAAUUAGGUCGAGUCAGUCUUCACAGCGAAGCUAUUUUCGACAGUUCUUCUCUUCCCAGAAUCGAAAAAGCGACUAUACAAGAACUAGAAGAAGCUGCCGAAAAACUUCAGGUUCUUAAAGAUCUCUCACCAACAGCCAUCAAAUAUAACAUUGAACCAAACAUUGAACAACCCUUCAACAAACUAUCUCCAAGUAAAUCGCUACCUCUACAUCAAAUUCUGGAGGAUUCUGAAAUCAUUAGGAAGAAUCUAGUGGAUUCUACUUUUACGAUAUCAUCUGACCUUAAAGAAGACAAUUUUAGUACAGAACUGAAACUUUGUAACACUGAAAUCGUUACACAAACGUCUUUGCAGGAGGUUGAUCAGUUAACACAGACUAGCAAUACUGCAAUCAGUCCUGCAAGUUUAGAAUCAGCUAUAAGCUCUGAAGAGAAGAAGAUGGAGGAUUCACUGCAAGUUAAAAUCGUCGAUGCUUUUUUGUCAAGUGCUAAAGAAAAUAUUUGCGGUCCAAAUCUUCCCAAACUGUUGGUUGAUGCUAACUUAAACUUUGGAGAGUCAAAAAUGGAGAUUGAUACGUGUCUAAAGAAAAAAGACUCAAAUCGCGAGCUGGAGGAACUGGAAUGCCAAAUAAAGAAGAUCAAAUCAGACACUCAUCUCCCAGAAGAAGAAAUCGAAAAGUUUUGCAAAGAAGAUAUCACGAACGGCUAUAAAGAAAAAGAAGACGACAGUACCGUUCCGAGAAAGAAAGAAAAAGUCGAGACUCACGCGAAAAAGAGGAGAGACUACAAUCAGCAGACCGGCAGUUUGAUAACGUUUCCCAGGAGAGAAGGGGGAGCUAGGAGUAGGGAGACUUUGAACAGACGAUCGGUGCCGAUUGUGAGGGAGAAAAAGAAGGCAAAUCAUGAGUCUUUGGGCAGCUUCGACGUGUACAAUAUCGAGACAGCCAUGCCGAAGAUCGAUUUGGAGGCCAUCGAAUGCCACCUCAGGGCAGCCAGGGAGGAGGAACGAAGGAGACGAACAGAUCGCGAGGAAAUAAGAAGAAGAUUAGCAAUGGGUUCUGAGGAUGACUAUUAUUCUGACAGGCCAGGAAGGAAACCCAGUUUGCAGGCCAGAUUACAGAGUGGAAUGAAUCUUCAGAUCUGCUUCAUGAACGAAUCUCUCUCGGACACCGACAGUCCUAGUUCCGACUCGGAAUGUCCAAUGACGAACCCUAAACAUCACAAAUCGAACAACAACUCCUUGAAAUCACCCACGAAGGCGGAGAAGACCCAGCAACCACCAGCUAGACCUGCGACGCUCUCGCUGAGUCAGCAGCCGCAGCAAUUGGUGAGGGAACCGCUCCAAGAGCUGGAUUUCUUCUCUCGGCAAGCCAGGCUGCAGACGGAGGCUAGAAUGGCUUUGGCUCAAGCCAAGGAAAUGGCGCGAAUGCAGAUGGAGAUUGAAAAACAAAGACAGAAGAAGAGCCCGAUAACCGAAAUGAUACGUACCAGUAUGGAAAAGGUUGGCAUACCUUUCCCAGAGGAUAAGCGUCGACUAUCCAGACAGAUUUUGACGGAUAUGAACGUGGCUCAACUGCAGGUCAUCGUCAAUGAUUUGCACACGCAGAUAGAAAAUUUGAACGACAGUUUAGUGAAAUUUUUGAUGGCUAGGGACGAUCUACAUAUGGAGCAGGAUUCUAUGCUAGUGGAUAUUGAGGAUUUGACGAGAUACUUGGGAGCCAAAGAACAAGUUUUGAAAGAACAAAACCUACCGCCCACCAAAAACAACAACACACCCCCAUCUCCAGCUCCAUCAUCUCCCCUCCAAGCUCUCAACAGCAGCGUGAAACCACAUCUACAUAGGAUAGCAAGUUUAGUCAAGAAAUAACCGAUCUCUAUGGUUCAAAAUCCUUCCAAAAUUGUGUAAAUAUCUGCAGAAAGGUAUGUCCAGGGACAGAAUAUCGGAUUUUUUGACCAGAUGUGGGUUUUGGUUAGGGUGAGAUACUGAGUCAGAUACUCAAUGUUUAGGAAGAAUGCUCAAUCUUACUUUAGGUUGUUCAUUUAAUUGUUUGGUGAUGGUUGGAGGGAAAUUAUUGUUGGUAUACUAACACCCACACUAAGAGGUUUUUGUCAUUGUUUUCAAAUGUUUUUAUUUCUAAUUCAACAAAAAGUAUUACAUAUUUGUUUUUAUACAACAAUUUUUAAUCAUAAUAAUAACAGAAUUUGUAUUUAUUGUCACUUUAUUGCUUGGUGUAUAUGGACAUCCUAAGUCUUAACGUCACAAAAUUGGGAGGAGCUUAUAUUUGACUCUAAACAAUUUUGUUUAUAUGGUUAAACACUCAUAAGGAAUUUUUCAUUUAUUGUUUACGUGGUUUGUGUGACAAAAUAAGACUUUUCAUUUAGGUAUUUAGUUAAACAAACGUGUCAGUUAAGAGAUUUUUAUUCGUUUUUGCCCAGGUGAGUUAAUUUAAUGCAAUGAUAGGAACGUAAACAGUUUUGAGGUUAUGUUUAUUUUCAACCACUAAGGAAUAAAAACCACCUGAGCAAAAACGAAUAAAAAUCUCGUUAAUUAACACGUUUCUUUAACGAAAUACCUAAAUGAAGUCUUAUUUUGCCACACAAAGCACAUAAAUGAAAAAUUCCUUAUGACAAUUUAACGUUACAAACAAAAUUGUUUGGAGUCAAUAUAAGCUCCUCCCAAUUUUGUGACAUUUGUGACGUCAGACUUAGGCUGUCCAUUGGGUUGCCUACCAUUUGAUGCGUCAUGAUGGGUUGCGUAUUGUUAAGAAGAUCCCUAAAACAUUAUUGAUCAUAAUUUGCGUUUUUAAGCUUAUUUUUGUGUUAAAUAAGCACAAUAAAUUUAUAAAGUAACUUAACCAGCUGUUUGAAUGAGCAAUAAGGUUAUAAUAAUGUAUGUCUAACUGGUAUUUCAAGCGACAAAAACCUCUUCUCCAAAAAAGCAAUUUUCAAAUAUGAAAUCAACACCUAAUGUUUUAUAUUAAGUGUCUGAUUGGACGGUAUACACAAAACCGUAGAGAGUUAGUCCGAUAAUAAUGUGUAGAAAGAAGUUUUAUGAUGACUGUUGAGUGCCAUCAGUUUCAAAAUGAAGUUAGGCAGUUUUUAAUAUAAUUGUCAUAGUUGUUAAAUAAAUACUUUUGUAGGUUGAGUAGUCACUAUUUAAUUUAUUCAUUGAAACAAAACACAAUACGAUUACAUAGGAUUUUAUAUAGGGUUAUUCAUCGCAGCCAUUUAUCCCGUACAAUUGACAUAUGACGUACAAUUUAUAUACGUCAUACGUCAUUGGUAUAUACAAUACAUAUACCAAAGGCGUUUGACGUAUGUAUAUUGUACGUCAUAUGUCAAUUCUACGAGAAAAAUGGCUGUGAUGAAUAGCCCUAGCUAUGGGAAUACUCACAGAAAAUAAAGUAGGCUGCAAAAAGAUUGACAAAUUCGAUAUUUGAAGACGUGACUGAAUAAAGAUGUCGGAUUUUCAAAAUUUUGAAUAAAUUAACAAAACGCGUUUUGUAUUUUCUUGAUUCCAUGGAGUCAGACCUUAAAAAAUGGAUUAUUUUAAGCUAUUUUCUUUGGAUAAUUAUAAUAUUAUGCAUCAUCUGCAUACGUAGCAAUCGUAGUAUUAUUUAGGGUGCGGAUGUCAGCUGCGUACAGCAAAUAUAGGUAUGGUGGUACUCCAUCCUCAGGAACGUCCUAUGCUAGUGGGGGGUAGUUACCUCCUAUGAUAGGGGUUGAUGAAGUAGACACUAUUUGCUGAAUACUUAUUUAUUUACCAACUCUAAAUACCACAGUAACUAGUUGGUGUGUUUGAGGUCUAACUGUCUAAUAAUGUAUCUGAAUCACGAAUGAUAAUUGAUAAAAGAAUGAUACGCGAUGCUUUGCUGUAUCUCUAAAUAAACUUGAAAAGUGUUGUUAUUUUUAAUGCUGACACGACCUGGUCGUGAAUUAUGAAUAAUAUUGAAUAGCUGACAAAGCGUUAUUGAAAACUAGUGCACUUGUAUUGAGUAAUCGGUGUCACCUAAUUAUUUAAAAACAAACGUAAUGUUUGCUUUGUAAGACAUUUAAAAAUUAAAUGAAUAUGUCUUGCUCUUAUUUUGGAUGCUGAUAAUCCUGUACAUAGGGUUGGACCAGUACACUAUCUUGAGGCACUCCUACCGUGAUCGGAUGAUUAACUAAAAGGAUGUUUCUGUUAUAUGUGACUGUAAAAUUUUGGCUAUAGGAUGAGAUAGCUGUGACUUGAUUUUGGAAUUUAGACCAUCAUGCCAGACCUUGUCAAUUGCCUGCCAGACGUCGAGGAAGGCAGCUGUACUGUAGGACUUGUUUUCAAGAGCAUCUCUAACUGUUCUGACUACUCUACUACUAUGUAUUUGCUCGAUUGUACCAUGUUUUAGUCUAAAUCUAAAAUUAAUUUGGUAUUAAGUUAUUUUCCAAGAUAAUAGGCUCGUUACUAAACAUACGCCGCUUUUCAAAAAGCGUUUCAAGAGUUGGUCGAAGACUUUCGACAGUAUGAUGACUCAUCAUUUGAAUCUUUGACACCUUUAUCCACUAAUAUACCUUGACAGAGACAAAAUAAUGACAGCUGACAGGUAGCUUCGUUUGGAUCUAGUUUUGUACGUUUUUCGAUUUCUUAUCAGACAUCACAUUUAUUAUGAAAAAUGAAUUUAUUAACGUUGUUAUAUUCAUAAAAGUAAAAAUGGCGUAAAUUGUAAUAGAACAAGAACAUUGUAUGUAAAAGGGCAUGUAUAAUAUUUACAUACAUUAUUAUUUUCUGUAAGUUUUUCACUUCUGAUAUACUUGUUGGAACAAAUUUUUAUCACAAUAUUUGACUUUACAUGAAUUUGUGAUGUCAAAACUCAACAAACCUUGCCCCUAUUAGACCAUUCAUUUAACAAGUUAAAAACCUGUUUUACCAAUUGACGUAUUUACAUAAAAAAUGUUGUAUAUUAAAGAAAAUGUAUGUAUCGUAUUGUGUGUUAGUAUAGUUCGUUAUGAAUUCUUAUGGAACAUAGGUGAUAUUAAUUUUAGUCGGUAGUUUAUUUAUUUUUUGUACUUUCACAUAUCAAAUUGAUAUUUUACUUGAUUAGUUCAUAGAUCAAAUUGAAGUUACUACUGUAUCUGUACAUAUAAUCAUCCAUUUUGCGCAACUAUGUAAUUUUUAAACAAAUUGGGGGCAGAAAAUGAUCAGUCUAGCGCUUAAGUUUCGAAAAAACUAUAAAUAAAAGAGAAUCUUGAAGAAAUAUUAAUAAACGGCAAGGUUUUACUGUACUAUGCCCAUAAAAUUAUUGUAUAAUCUGUUACCAGGACUUUCAUGUGUCAUUUGUUUAUACUAAAUACAUAAAAGUUGACUGUUGAACGCAUGUCAUCAGUUUUAAGCGCCAUAAUAACGAGUAAGGCACAUAUUUCAGUGUAUACUCGCCAUAUAUCUGCAUUUUUAUUUGUCACAAGAACUUCAUCUGUCAUUUGUCUACACUAGACAAAUGACAGCUUGUUGUCUUGUGUAUUUAACCAGUUUUGAAACUUACAUAGUUGACUUAGUAAAAAUAUAGAUAUAAUAAUUGUUUAUUUAAACAUUAUAAAAAACUAUCUAAAGAACAUCAUGCAAAAAUUUUCAUUCCUCGCGCUUUUCAUUAAUAUAUCUAGUAACCGUAAGAUGUUAGACAAUAUCAAGUUUUGCAUGAAUCAGUUAUGUUUUUCAUUGUAAACAAUGGGUCAAAAUGGGUGUUUAAACAGAUUGAAUAAUAGUAUAAGAAGAAACCUAUAUGGUAUACGAAUGCAUCCGGUUUUGGUUAAGUGUUUGUAUGACAAUUGACAGGUGACAGAUGACGUAUGUUCUAGUGCGUACGAUAAUGAAUGAAAAAUUCAAUGGUCCAAGGUUUUUAUUUAAUAGUAAAAUAGCAUUAUUCCAUCAAAUGAGUCGGUAAAAUAGGAUAGAGCACACAUAACAUUUCAGAACCUUGUUGCAAAUAUGCAUCGAGAGGUUUCUAUUACAUAAAACUUAUUUCCGGGUCAUAAAAGUCUUACAUGAAAUUUCGAUCCUGGUUAUUAUCUCUUCAUCAAAGUCAUAAUUUACAUUUAACCGGCUGCUAAAGUAUUUAAAAUGGUUUGCACUGUACAGUAAGGGAAAAAACCCUUACUGUAUAAUAUAAUAUGUAUCUAAAAAAUGUAUAUAAUUUAAGUAAUUAGGUUGUUACAAAAAAUGUUGUUUCUACAUACACAAACAAAACGAAGGUUGAUUGACGGAGUUUGUUUGCGUAACCUCGCAGAGACUCACGUAUCGUUUACUUUCAAAAUCCGAAUUAUAAGAAGGUAUAAAUAGCCCACAGAGGGAUUAAUAUUGACAUUAUAGUAUUGUUAUUAUUCAUAUUAAGAUUAAGAUUGUUACUAUUCUAUUUAGCAGUCAUGCGAGAAGGGUGUCCUGAAGGACUACCCCGCGAAACAACAUCCAUCAACAUAAGGUUACUAAGAUGUUGUUUCGCGGGGUAGUCCUUCAGGACACCUUUCUCGCAUGACUGCUAACUAGCAUAGUAACGAUCUUAAUCUUACUAUGAAUAAUAACAAUACUAUAAUGUGAAUAUUAAUCCCUUUGUGGGCUAUUUAUAUCUUCUUAUAAUUCGGACUUUGAAAGUAAACGAUACGCGAGUCUCUGCGAGGUUACACAAACAAACUCCGUCAAUCAACCUUCGUUUUGUUUGCGUAUUAAACAUUUUUUUGUAACAACCUAAUUACUUAAAUUAUAUACAUUUUUAGAUACAUAUUGUAUUCUACAGUCAGGGUUUUUUCCCUUACUGUGCAACAUGUCCUAUCUCCUCUUCAUUAAGAGAAAGCAGACCUUUAUAUAUUAAUUUUUCCAACUGCCAUCCACUUUGUCUUUGAAAUGUAAAUUUUAAGGCCUCUUCGAUAACUUGCUCGACUGAUAACUAAUGCCCGGAGAUCUUGUAAAUUUUCUGCAAGAACGGCCAUAUCGUCAACGUAUCUGAUAUUUCGAAAAGUGUAUCUGUUUUCCUCGUCCAAAAGUUUAAGUAGGUCAGCAGUGAUUUGAUCUGGUCUAGGCGCCUUAUUUUUCCCUUCCUGUAUUGCUUUGAUGUCGGUAUGGGACCUCCCUCUAACUGGAUGUUACAGGUAGUAUGUGUAUGCGAGUUUAGAUCUAAUUUGAAAAACAAAACAAACAAAAAUUUGUGCAGCGAUUAAGCCAAGAUGUGUACUACGCAGAAAUAACUGACGGAUAGUAGAUAAAAGGUAAAUGAUACAUGCAGUAUGUUAGUGACAGAUGACACUUCAAUCAACUUAUCUAAUGAAUGUAUGUUUCUAAUUCGUUUUAACUGCCAUUUUGUAUGAAUUUUACUUCUUUAUAUGAAAGUUUAUUCUAUUCAGAAGCCAAGUUCUACGUUGAAUUAUGAAAUAUCUUCGUUGCAUCAAAAGCCGUACACAUAAUACUAUUGUUUUGAUUUAGAAAGAGAUUAAUGGUGGCAGGUGAUUGGCAAUAUUGAUGAAUAACGAAUGAAGUGUUUUAAAUUACGAUUGGCAUAUAACACAUACAAUAAACGAACAAAAAUGUGCUCUUUGGCUGUUUAAAAUUUUUUUAAGAUAUUCUUUGGAUAUACACUCAGUUUUGGGUAUUUAUGUUACAGUUCAAGUUUGUUACCCAGUUGGUGUUGACUAUUCCUAGUUCGUGUCAACUCAAACGGCUGGUUUUAGUAAAAGUUGAUUAUAAAUAUAAAAUGGAAGAUUUUUAUUUAACAUUUACUAGUAAAAGUAGACUCCAACUAGAAAAAGUAUACUCUUCUCUUCCCAAUGCCAUUUAGUAAGAGUUGAUUCACACAAACAACCGAUUCUAGAAAUCAAAUGUUACUUGAUAUGUUCAAAUCGUGAUAAGUAGUUGAAACGGUUAAAAUAAAGAGACGCACACUCAUCAAAAAAGCACAUGAGAUUAUACAUACUUGUAUAAUCUACAUUUACUGAAUCGAUCCACGAAUAGUCAACUCAGGGCCGGUUGUUCGAACGCUAAUAAGAAGUUGAUUAUAAUCAAUCAGUUUAUUGUAAUCAAUUUUCUUGAUGGGAAUCAAAUCGAGACAUCAAAAAUACAUGUAAAAUCAUUCAUUGAUUGUAGGUAAAGCAGUAAUUAAAAUAUAGCCGCAGCUGUUAAAUUAUUAAAAAUUGCUUAUUAUUAUUAUUGAUUUGUAAGUGAAAACAAGAAAUUAACAUCAGAAAGAGUUUAAUUAUGGUUUAUUUUAGAUUAAAACCAAAAUAAUAAAAUAAAUCAGUCAACACAACCUCAAAAUGUGACAUCUGUCAGAAGUACGCUUAAUCAAUUAUAAUUUGAUAAUGAUCACUUUUGAUUAGCGUUCGAACAACUGGCCCUUAGGGCCGGUUGUUCGAACGCUAAUCAACAAUGAUCAUUAUCAAAUAUUUAAUUACUGUAACCAACUGUCAAUGUCAACUUUGUUUGGGUUGCUGAAAACAUAAUAUGUAAUUACUUAAUCAAUUAUGUUAAUAAUUGUUAUGUUAAUUGAUUAACUAAUCUCAUAAUUUUAAUCAAUUAUGUUUUCAGCAACUAAAUAAAAGUUGACAUUGACAGUUUUGGUGACAGUUAUUAAAUAUUUGAUAGUGAUCAUUGUUGAUUAGCGUUCGAACAACCGGCCCUAAAACUAGUAAAAGUUUAAUUAAAUUUUUCAAAUCAACUCUUACUGCUCGUUUUAGUUGUAGUUAACUCGAACUAGGAAUAGUCAACUCUAUAGUAUUUUUACUACAAAAACGUUAUUACGUUGGUCAAAAUUUUUGACGUAAGAGAACUGUCAAAACAUUAGAAUGUGACUUUUCAUUAUUGCCAUGUUUAUAAUAAACAUGACAAUAAUGAAAGUCACAUUCUAAUGUUUUGACAGUUCUCUUACGUCAAAAAUUUUGACCUACGUAAUAACGUUUUUGUAGUAAAAAUACUAUAACUGAGAAUCAACUUGAACUGUAACAUAUACAGAGAUUCUAGUUGCCAUUUUGACCCAUUGUCCAAUUAUCUCUACUUAUCACUCCACUAAAUUCUGUAAUAUACAAUGACUGAUGCUUUAACUGUAAAUACAAACAAAAAAUACUUAAAUAGAGUAGGUUUUAUGUAACCCUCUUUACGAUGUACUGUUAGCUUGAGAUGAAGUAACUUUUUUCGAAAAAAAAAAACUAGUUCUUCAUAGUUAAAUAUAUAUUUUUUUCAUCGAUCAUACCUAAAUGCUAUAUUCUUGCCAUGCGAAUUAGAGGUAGAUUUGUUAUUUCAGGUCAAAUUUAAAGGACGCAGUGUUAAUAUUGUUUUGUACAAUGUUACAUGUCAUUUGAAUGUGUUCCUAGGAAAUACGUAUAAAUAAUUUAUUUACAGUAAUGAGUGCGCUAAUAACCGGCGAAAUAACUUAAAAGACGUAAAACAUAUAAAGGGGUGAGAUAAAGAGAUGAAACUGGUGGUAGAGGUGGGGAAUUUAGCUAUAGAAACCUAUAAAUUUACAUUAUAUUUACUGUUUCCCACCUUUAGACGUAUCGCACGAGUUUAGCAACUACCACUGUGACAGUGACAGUUUUAGUUGACAUACUCCUCUGAUACGUCUAAAGGUGAGAAUCAAUUAUUAUAAUGUGAAUUUAUAGGUUUCUAUCGAUAAAUUUCCCACCUCGACUAGUUUUCUCUUUUUAUCUCACAACUUAAUGUUUUCCAUCUUUUGCGUUAUAUUGCCGGUUAUUAGUUAAAUAAAGUUCAUGGACGCAGAAUAAGAAGAUAUUUUUAUUCAAAUGACAUUUAACCAAAGAAAAGUAAAGGAAAUGCCUCAUCGGCUGAAAAUAGACCAUUUUUUCAUUAAAAAUCAGAAAGUCCUAAUGUUCAUUCUGCUCAUCCCGACUGUCAAGGUUAUACGCUGGUGAUAGCAAUGAUACUCUUUUUCUCAUGAUCAUCUUUCAGUGCGUCACAGUUUUUCGAUUUCUUUCUAACGUAUUAAAUUGUAUAUGACAGAAAAAAGGCACGUCGGUGAUUACUUUGGUAAUUAUUUCUAGUUCGGUGAUUAUUCUAGUUGUCAAUAGAUGGUGCCGUAAUAAAAAAAUAUUUUUUUUUAAUUAGAUAAUAAUAUCACAAAUAUAAUCUGUAUAAUUUAUAAGACUAUACAAAUCAAAGAAAAUACCAUUUUAUAAAUGCAAGAAACACAUUUGAUUUGUUUUUAUUCCAAAUUGAAAAUAAAAUGUGACAACUGUCAGAUUUAACUAAAAUGUCAUGUUAGAAUAAAUGUCAUAAAUGUGUAUUAUCACGGACUUACCCUUUUUCCUAUCAUUUGUUACGCACUGAAAAAUGAUCAUGAAAAGGACAAUACAAAUGUUCAAUGUUAACUUCAGUGCUUAUAGACGGAGAGGCAGCGCUGAAAAAUCUCUUUGAAUUUACUAAAGCUAGAUUGUUUACAGUUGAUUAUUGUGAUUAUGUAGAGAAACAUACUGCGGUCGGUCCAGCGAAACGUAGAACAGGGGUUACUGAGAGGGUAUCAAAGUUGCUUUCCUACGAAGGUAAUUAAAUCCAUUUACUAAUGCUGAAAAUCAGUACACACAUUCUAAAUUGAAUAUAAAUAAGAGUUAUUAUAGUCGGUCAGCUGUAUGACGGGACAGAGUCGGUCGGUCGGCCCCAACGAACGUACAGGGUUAUUCACUAUAUUUUGACUCCCUUGUAAACUGCUUUAUUUACAGAAUUAGAAGAAAUGUAAUAUACAAAAGGUAUUCGAUUUUUUAAUUAUGAUUUUUUUACAUAUAUAUCGUACUAGUGACGUCAUCCAUCUGGGCGUGAUGACGUAAUCGCCUAUUUUUUUAAAUGAGAAUGGGGGUCGUGUGCUAGCUCAUUUGAAAGGUUAUUCAAUUCUCUAUACAGUACUAUAAACAUUAAGAUCAUUAUUUAUACAGGGUGUCCAAAAAAAUUUUUGAAUUAUUAAUUGAACAAUUAAUUUAAUUUAAAAAAAAUUUUUGGACACCCUGUAUAAUUAAUCAUGUUAAUGUUUAUAUUACUCAAUAGGGAAUUGAAUAACCUUUCAAAUGAGCUAGCACUCGACCCUAUUCCCAUUUAAAAAAAUAGUCGAUUACGUCAUCACGCCCAAAUGGAUGUCGUCACUAAUACGAUAUAUAUGUCAAAAAAUCAUUUAAAAAUCGAAUAACUUUUGUAUUUUACAUUUUUUUCUAAUUCUGUAAAUAAAGCAGUUUACAAGGGGGUCAAAAUAUAGUGAAUGACCCUGUACAUUCAUUGGGGCCGACCGACCGGCUCUGUCCCGUCAUACAGCUGACCGACUAUAAUAACUUUUAUUUAUAUUCAAUUUAGAAUGUGUGUACUGAUUUUCAGCAUUAGUAAAUGGAUUUAAGUACCUUCGUAGGAAAGCAACUUUGAUACCCUCUCAGUAACCCCCGUUCUACGUUUCGCUUGACCAACCGCAGUAUGUUUCUCUACACAAUCACAGUAAUCAACUGUGAAAAAUCUAGCUUUAGUAAAUUCAAAGAGAUUUUUCAGCGCUGCCUCUUGGACUAUUAUUCUUAAACUGGCAAAACGAGCAGGACACAUUCUUAUAGAGAUAUACAUGGGAAAAUGAUCAUUUUUAUAGUUCUUAUAUCGACGGAAAUACAUACUCUAGGCAAAAUCUUGUCUGCAGAAUGGUAUAUGUGGUGAAAAAUACACUGUAAUUGUUUUUAUUGUAUUAAAAUUUGAUUUUCAACAAUUCAUUACCACUGUGCCAUACUUACCAGGUAUUUCCUUCACGGUUUCAAUAAACUUUAAGAUGUUUAUAGGCAUUCUACCAUUACAAGACUCACUACAGUUAAAAAACGCUUGUUUUUUCUUUGAUUUCAUACAUCUUACUUGUUUUUUGCCAUUCUUUGAUCUAUUUUUAUUUAAAAUCAUUUAUUUCUCAUAUAGUCCUUCAAUACUCUUUGUCUGUUUGCUUUUCUGGAAUAUCUUUAAAAGUUCCACUUCUUGCAGCUACGUCUUUGAGCAAAGAUACAUUAUCAAAGCUGUAUGUGAAUCAUUGAUCUAUUUUUUUUUAUUUUGAUCGCCUGGGGUUAAAAAAUCCCUUGGAGUAUCCUGAAAACCACCUAUUCAUUUGAGUUUAGAAGAUCUAAGAAUUGAAUGCAUAUUUCUUUAUAGAGGCUUUAAUAAAAAUUAAUACAAGCCCAAUUUGACAUCCCUGUCUGAUUAAAAAGACCACAGAACUGAAACACCAUUCACAAAUCCAUUUUGAACAAACUUAUCGUAAAGUUUUUUGAGACCUCAUCAUCACUAUCAUUAUUUUUUUGUUAAGACUGCACACAUACCCAAAGAAAUACUUACUCAACAUUUUCUCUUAAAAAAAACUACUAGUGUUGAACAAAUGUUAUCUAUUGUAAUUAUAAACAAAAACAAAUUCGAUAAUUGUGAAUACAAAAGCUUAAAUAAAAGUAAUAUUAAA